ACCAGAAUUGUUUCAGGUGAACUCUAAACCCUAAUUCUCAUCUCCAUCCUUCAAUUCUCCUCGCCUUCAAAGUUUCUACUCGCUAGCCUGCUACACGAUAUCGUAUAUAUUAGUCUGUGGCGAAUUAACAGAUCCAUUUGUUUGCAGAUAUGGCGAACAUCUCCUUGAGAAAAUUGUUUUCUUUGAUACAGAAACGCUAUUUCAAUACAUCUCCAGCAGCUCCGUCCGCAGCUCAAUUCCUCUCCGACUCAUGUGGGCUUCCCUUAGAAUCCGCCAUUUCAGUCUCCAAAAAGUUCCAGCUCGACGAGAAGAAGUUCCAGAAGCUGAAAUCGGUGCUCUGUUUCUUGAAGUCUCGUGGAUUCGAUGAUACCCAGGUUGUCAAAUUAAUCGAGAAGCGCCCCAGUAUCCUUCUCCGCACGGUAGACGGCAAUCUCAAGCCCAAAUUUGACUUCUUGCUCAACAAUGGCUUCUCAGGUCAGCUUCUGCCAGAACUAAUUGUUGCUAAUCCUGCAGUUAUAGGGAGAGGAUUAAAAUCUCACAUAAAACCCAGUUUUCGAUAUUUGAUGUCAUUCACUGGGAGUAAUGAGAAUGUUGUAGCUGCUAUUAGGCGUGGUUUGUGGCUGUUAACUUGUGAUUUCAAUGUCAGAUUGAAACCAAAUAUAGAUAUGUUGAUCAAUGAAGGUGUACCGUCGAAAAGAAUAAUGAAAUUGCUGGUAAGGAAACCAAGAUUUGUUAUACAAAGCAAUGACACGACCAUUUAUGCUAUCAGAACUUUGAAAAAUAUGGGUAUGAAUGCUAAGGAUCCUCUGUUUUUACGUGCUUUCUGCACCGUGAUAUCGAUGACUGAGUCGACUUUGAAGGAUAAAUUUGAUGUGUUCAAGAGUUUGGGGUGGAAUGAAGAUCAAAUCUUUUAUGCUUUCAGGCGUUCCCCGAGUUGUUUUGCUUGUUCCAGGGAGGGAAUCAAGAAGAAAGUGGACUUUUAUGUGAACACCAUGAAAUUGAAGAUAGAGACUCUAAUCGAAAACCCCACGGUUCUUACCUAUUCCAUUGAUUCAAGAUCUCUUCCAAGGCAUAACAUCCUGGCAGUUUUAGAAUCAAAGAACCUGGUGGAGAAGGGUAUAAAGAUUCAAACAUUACUGGCAAUGAGUGAUAAGGUUUUCAUGGAAAAAUUUGUUCUAAAGUAUAUGGACCAGGUCCCAAAUCUGAUGGAGAAGUACAAAAGUGCCAAGUCUGUAAAGGAAAGAAAGAUAUUAGAGAAGAAACUAGGGGAAAGGGAAAGUAAAACCAAAGAAGAGGUAGAAUUUCUUGACUAGGCUAUCUGGGUUGUAGUAUAAUUGUGAACAUUCUUGCUUUGAAGAUCAAUUUCUAGUUGCACAUUAGAGGAUAUAUUCUCGAUUGUUACAUAAUUGUAAUCACUAAUCAAUCACUCGCUCAUGUCAUCUUCCUCUUGAUCAAAUGAACUGAACCGUGUUCUACUGUUCUCUGAUCAUUGGUCUAAUUAUCUACAUUCUUAGCUUGGUAAGGCGUAUCUGGUUGCGUAAUAGAGGAUAUGAAGAUUCAAACAUUAUUGUCAAUGAGUGAUAAGGUGUUCAUGGACAAAUUUGUUCUGAAGUAUAUGGACCAGGUCCCAAAUUUGAUGGAGAUGUACAGAAGUGCCAAGUCUAUGAAGGAAAGAAAGUGAGUAGAGUAGAAACUUGGGACAAAAGGAAAGUAAAACCAAUAAAGAGGGAGGGAAUCAAGAAGAAAGUGGACUUUUAUGUGAACACCAUGGAAUUGAAGACAGAGACUCUAAUCGAAAAUCUCACGGUUCUUACCUACUCCGUUGAUACGAGAUUUCUUCCAAGGCAAUAACAUCCUGGCGGUUUUAGGAUCAAAGAACCUUGUGAAGAAGGGUAUAAAGAUUCAAACAUUACUGUCAUUGAGUGAUGAGGUUUUCAUGGACAAAUUUGUUCUCAAGUAUAUGGACAGGUCCCAUAUUUGAUUGGAGAUGUACAAAAGUGCCAAGUCUAUGAAGGAAAGAAAGAGAUUAGAGAAGAAACUUGGGGAAAAGGAAAGUAAAACCAAAGAAGAGGUAGAGUUUCUUGCCUAGGCUAUCUGGGAUGUAGUCUAAUUAUGAACAUUCUUGCUUUGCAGAGCCAUUUCUGCUUGCACAUUAGAGGAUAUAUUCUCGAUUGUUACAUAAUUAUAAUCGCUAGUCGAUCGCUCCUUCA